AACAUGUGCGGGAGGAGUUCGAGAACGACAGCAGAGAGGGAGACAGGCUCGAGAGAAAGCGCAUGUGUGAUUCCGCUCUCCAUGCAGGCAGCCCACCACUGGCAAGCUCCCCUCAUCUUGUGUGUAACGUCUCUACUGCCCAACAGCCGUAUGUACCAGCGUCCGCCGGCACUGCGGGGGAAGAUUCAACCCAUAAUGGAUUGCUAAUGAACGGAGCCUCUUUUUCUUUUCGUCUUGCUUUUCCCCCGACUGUCAUCCUCUUCAAUGUCUCUUAUCAGUUUUUAACCAAAACAAAAUGAGGAUUUCUUGUGACCAGUUUCUAUUGAUAUUGUCUGUCUUUCGGGGACUCACAAUGGGGGCUUUCCCAAGCAGUGUACAGAUCGGUGGCCUGUUCAUCAGAAACACGGAUCAGGAAUACACAGCGUUUCGCCUGGCCAUCUUUCUGCACAAUACCAGUCCCAACGCGUCCGAGGCCCCCUUCAACCUGGUGCCUCAUGUGGACAACAUCGAGACGGCCAACAGCUUUGCUGUCACCAAUGCCUUCUGCUCGCAGUACUCGCGGGGCGUCUUCGCCAUCUUCGGCCUGUAUGACAAGCGUUCUGUGCACACACUGACGUCGUUCUGCGGGGCGCUGCACAUCUCCCUCAUCACGCCCAGCUUCCCCACCGAGGGAGAGAGCCAGUUCACGCUGCAGCUCCGGCCCUCCAUCCGUGGGGCGCUGCUCUCGCUGCUCGACCACUACGACUGGAACAAGUUUGUCUUCCUCUAUGACACCGACCGGGGGUACGCCAUACUGCAGGCCAUCAUGGAGAAGGCGGGCCAGAACAGCUGGCAGGUGAGCGCCAUCUGUGUGGAGAGCUUCGACGAUGCUGCCUACCGGCGCCUCCUGGAGGACCUGGACCGACGGCAGGAGAAGAAGUUUGUCAUAGACCUGGAGGCCGAGAGGCUCACCAACAUGCUGGAGCAGAUUGUCAGUGUCGGAAAACAUGUCAAAGGCUACCAUUACAUCAUGGCUAACUUGGGUUUUAAGGACAUCAACCUCGAGCGCUUCAUGCAUGGCGGGGCCAACGUGUCAGGCUUCCAGCUAGUGGACUUCAGCAACCCCAUGGUCAUCAAGCUGAUGCAGCGCUGGAACAAGCUGGACCAGAGGGAGUACCCAGGCUCCGACAGCCCCCCGAAGUACACGUCGGCUUUGACCUACGACGGCGUGAUGGUGAUGGCGGAGGCCUUCAGGAACCUGCGUAGGCAGAAAGUGGACAUCUCUCGCAGGGGGAACGCUGGGGACUGUCUGGCCAACCCCGCCGCCCCAUGGAACCAGGGCAUCGACAUGGAGCGCACCCUCAAACAGGUCCGGUUGCAGGGAUUAACAGGUAAUGUCCAGUUUGACCACUAUGGACGCAGGGUCAACUACACCAUGGACGUGUUUGAGCUGAAGAACAAUGGACCCAGACGGAUGGGUUACUGGACGGAUUCAGACAAGCUGGUUCUGAUCCAGAAUGAAGCCCUCCUUCCCAAUGAAAUCCUGGAGAACAGAACUGUUGUAGUCACCACUAUCAUGGAGGGUCCAUAUGUCAUGUUGAAGAAGAACUGGGAGUUGUACGAGGGCAACGACCAGUAUGAAGGCUACUGCGUGGACCUGGCCUCGGAGAUUGCCAAACACAUUGGCAUCAAGUACAAGAUCGCUAUCGUACCCGACGGAAAGUACGGCGCCCGGGACCCAGAGACCAAGAUUUGGAAUGGCAUGGUUGGGGAGCUGGUGUACGGGAAAGCGGAAAUCGCUGUGGCCCCAUUGACAAUCACGCUGGUCCGGGAGGAGGUGAUCGACUUCUCCAAGCCCUUCAUGUCGCUGGGCAUCUCCAUCAUGAUCAAGAAGCCCCAGAAGUCCAAACCUGGGGUGUUCUCCUUCCUGGACCCGCUGGCCUACGAGAUCUGGAUGUGCAUUGUGUUCGCCUACAUCGGCGUAAGCGUGGUGCUCUUCCUGGUCAGCCGUUUCAGCCCGUACGAGUGGCACACCGAGGAGCCCGAAGAGGGUACCGACGGUCCGCCCAGCGACCAGCCCCCCAACGAGUUUGGCAUCUUCAACUCCCUCUGGUUCUCCCUGGGUGCCUUCAUGCAGCAGGGAUGUGACAUCUCCCCGAGGUCUCUGUCGGGGCGUAUUGUGGGUGGUGUGUGGUGGUUCUUCACACUCAUCAUCAUCUCCUCCUACACGGCCAACCUGGCUGCCUUCCUCACAGUAGAGAGGAUGGUGUCCCCUAUAGAGAGUGCUGAGGACCUGGCUAAACAGACAGACAUCGCCUACGGUACCCUAGACUCCGGCUCCACUAAAGAGUUCUUCAGGAGGUCAAAGAUCGCAGUAUACGAGAAGAUGUGGGGCUACAUGAAGUCAGCCGAACCGACUGUGUUUACCAAGAACACCCAGGAGGGGGUUGUACGUGUGCGGAAGAGCAAAGGGAAGUACGCUUUCCUAUUGGAGUCAACCAUGAACGAGUACACAGAACAGCGGAAACCCUGCGACACCAUGAAGGUCGGCGGCAACCUGGACUCCAAAGGAUACGGAGUGGCCACCCCCAAGGGUUCACUGUUAAGAACGCCGGUAAACCUAGCCGUGUUGAAACUGAGUGAAUCAGGCGUCUUAGACAAGCUGAAAAACAAAUGGUGGUACGAUAAGGGCGAGUGUGGACCCACGGCCUCAGGAAGUAAGGACAAGUCGUCCCAGGCCCUGUCGUUGAGCAACGUGGCGGGGGUCUUCUAUAUCCUUGUGGGGGGCCUGGGUCUGGCCAUGCUGGUGGCCCUCAUCGAAUUCUGCUACAAGUCCCGGAACGAGGCCAAGCGAAUGAAGCUGACCUUCACGGAGGCCAUGAGGAACAAGGCACGCCUGUCGAUCACAGGCAGUGUGGGGGAGAAUGGGCGCGUCCUGACGCCCGACUGUCCCAAAGCGGUCCACUCGGGCCCCUCACUCCGCCAGAGCUCCGGCCUGGCCUUGGUCUCCUCUGAGCUCCCGUGAAAACCAAAAACCUUCCAAGUGCCUUACAAAUGACCAACCCACAACCACCAUAUACCACAAAGACACAGGACAAACACCACCCAAACCGGACACCACCACCAGUGUGUGGGCAGACAGGAACUAACUAACAUUGUGGAAGUUUUUUUAAUAUAGCAGAAAUUGGGACUUUGCCAUUUGAGUAUGUAGUGAAUCUGUGGCCAUUUUGGAUGGAGUUCUGUGGAAAAGUACAAUCUGUAUUUUUACUAUGUGGCCAAGUGAGGGCUAUUUGUAAUCAAGCUGCCAUUUUCGGGUGCAGAGGUGGAGAUUGCAUCUGAGAUGUUCCACUGAAGACCCUGUGCCAACUUAUCAUUGCGAUCACUGGCGAAGGAAGAGCAGGAGGAAUUGAGAGUGAAGUAAAAAUGAAAAAUAAAGGAAGACCAGAAAACUUGAAACGUGUAACUGUGGAUCAUUGGGUUGCUGACUGAAUUGGCAAACUGAAUUACAAUCAAGAUUGUUUUCCAAAUGUGGACAAUUGUUACCAGACGAGAGCAGUGUUGAAAACACAACUGCCAGACAACAAUCUCACUGAAUAUCACUAUCUGACAUCAUGUGGGGGAGUGUCUCCCGUUGGCAUCAUGGAGAUAAAAACUAGCAUUAUUAAUCAACUACAAUAACUCUAUUGAUAAUACAUAUAAGAUAAAUAAACUGUGAAGAUUUAGUAAAUAUGUAUAUUCUGUGAAGACGAAGCUAAAGAAAAAAUAUGUUCUGUACAUAGAGGAGACUGUAUAACAUGCUUGCUUUUUCAACAGAUGUAAAUUGCUGAUUCAGUAGUGGACAGAGGGCAGUUCUCUUUUUGUAACCAUCUUUAAAGAAAUAAUUCAUCGCAAUAAUGGAUAAUACGACGUUGUUGAAAAAGGAGAGACAUUGAGACAGCGUUUUAUUCCUUCAGCGUUCAGUUCAGAGCGUCAUGUUCCAUGGGUAUAGUACCAACUCUGCCCAUCUAGAUACCUGUUCUCUACAUAUUAAUAUAUUCAGCGAUGAAUGUUAAUUAGUCCCAUCCUCAUCCUCGAGCAUCGCCCCCAUCCUCUAGCCACACCCCACACUGUGCAGUCAUAGACCAGAAGUGGCUGAUAGACCGAAUUUUAUGUUUAAAUGCUUUACUUGCGUUUCCACUAGAAAACAAACAAUAUUUUUUGUGUCGUUUGUUCUAUUUUUUGUAACGAUCAAUUACAUUUAAAAUGACUGUCCGUCUCCUGAUUUUUCAAUGUUUUUUCAAUGUUCGCGGCUGUUGAACGUUGAACGUCUUAUCUGGAUAGAUAUUUUAGAUAAUUGUGUAUGGAGAGAAUAAUGCUUUUUUUUAUGUGAAAUGAGAAAUGCAAUUUUUUUCCACAUUGCUGUAUUAUUUCACUAGUCAAAGCUUAUAUAAACAGUAUUUAUUGAGUAAAAAAGAAGACGAAGAAGAAUAUUUGUAUUAUUGAGCCAUGGUCAAAGCUUUGGCCCUCUUGGUCCCUAACACUGUGGAUCCUCAGUAGAAGAAUCUAUGGUCUACUUCCUGUCAUUGAAGUUAUUAGUGUGCAGUGGAGGUUUCAACACAUGGCCAAUGGAAGGGCAACCUCUAGGCCUGUGGGCAGCAAUAGGACAAUGACUUUUACUGUGUCAUCCUUUUGUCUCUUUCAUUUUCAACCUUUUUUCCCCCCAAACCCUGUUUCUGCUAUUGUUGUUGUCGGACAAAUAUGUGCAAUGUUAUCAAUGUUUUCAAUUGCUGCCUCUGUCUUUUUCCCUUACACACAUUCACAUACAUGUCCACAUACAUGUACACAUAGUCGUGGUUGUAGCUUGUAUGGCUGCCUGGGUGAACCUCCACUUCAGCCCCCUCUGUCAUUUUUAUUCAGACAUUUGUAACACAAAUAAAUAAUCAAAACAUUUAAAAAUAUAUACAAAAUAAGACUCAUAAAUAUCCAAAAAGAAGUAACAAAGACAAAAUAGAAACAAAUGGCAAGAUGCCACCCUGGGCGGCUACCCAUGUCGCCUAUACCUAAAUCCGCCACUGUGUACACGACACGCACAGAGGAGGCUGGUGAGAGGAGGUAUAGGAGGACGGGCUCAUUGUAAUAGCUGAAUGGAAUCAAUUGAAACAGUAUCAAAUACAUCAAACACAUGGAAACCACAUGAUUGACUCUGUUCCAUUGAUUCCAUUCCAGCCCGUCCUCCUAUAGCUUCUCUCACCAGCCUCUUCUGGUACACACACACACACACACACACCGGAUGGACCUUGUUGCUUUGAGAGAAUAAACCAGCUAAAAUAUUUCAGGCCAUGCUUUUUGGUUCUGCCAUAUGUCUGUAAAAUUCAAAUGGUAUCCUAUUUUGGUUUUAAUUGUACAUCUUUAUUUUGAUCAUUUUUUUUGUCAAAAGUUAAUCCAAAGGAUUUGUCACUGUGUUUUUAUUGUGGACAGGUGUGAGAGGGAUCUCUGUUAAUAUUUUUUUUUAGAUAUAACCCACUCACAGGCUGGAAUUCAAUCAAUUGCGCAUUGUCAACUGUUGGGGAGAGUAUUAUAUUUAAAAGGUGUAUUCCUGAAUAAUGAAUGACGUUUUUACAAUAAUAAUGCAAUAUGUUCCAUUUACUUUAACUAAUAUUUGUGUUCAACUGGUAAUAAGAUGCACCCAGUCUAAUGUAAAGGCUUUAUGUAAUUUUUAACCAAUGUUUAAUGAUCACGCUCAUGUCAAGCUUACAUGAGCAUUAUAAGAUACUAAAGCUGUCAAAUCCACAAGCAGCUCCCGGCAUUAAACCUAAAGCGGACAUUACCAUUGGUCGCAUUAAGAUGAAUUCCAUGCAACCUUGAUUACAAGUUCAAACACUGAAAUGUGAGAUGUAAUCUAGACCUCAAUUAGCAUGAUAGAAAUCCUCAUUAUUUUGUUGAAUCAUUUUCAAUUUGAGCAUCAUUAUUUCUAUAUAUCCUUCACUUUGUCAUUCUGAACUUCCAACGCGAGUGGGAUGGGUGUGGCUUCUUGAGAAUGAUCAAGAGCAGCUGCUCAGCGAUUUAACAGCUCCAACGCAGUCACACCUCUGACAAUGCCAAAACAUAAGUGUUGCCUAUCUCCAGUUAACGCUUCAUCUGAUUGGAUCUAGGCCUUAGGCCCCAUACACACUCAAGUUGUUCAACUGAUAUAAAACGCAUUUGGCUCAUCAGUUAUACAACGCAUCACUAAGUUAUCUGUUGUAUCAGUUUGGUAUCACAAAAAUAUCAGUUGUAUCAAACCUAUUGUGUCAAAUGCAUUGUGCAACCUGAAUGGUACGGGGCCUUACAUUUGAUAUCCUCCUAACAUAGCAGUGCCUCAGCCUCGGACACUAUGAACCGACCACCAACAUGACAGAUGGUCCAAGACAAGGUGCUGAAACCAUCAGGUGAAUGCUGCAGUGACGGAACAAAGCCUCAUUUACACCUACGCAAAAUGGCUACCCUUCAUAGUUAUAUAGUCAAAUUAUAGGUUGAGUUCCCCUGCUCAGACGUAGCAUGCAUCAACUAGUGGUUGCGUGACACGUCAUCGACUGUGUUAUUGAUUGACAGAUUCCUAUAGAAUAUGAUGAUUAGCUGAUACAUAACAAAUGUCUAUCCAGGCAUUGUAAAAUGUGUGGCCCAGCAUCGUCCGGGUUAGGCGAGGGUUUGGCCUGGCUAGGCCGUCAUUCUAAAUAAGAAUUUGUUCUUUACUGACUUGCCUAGUUAAAUAAAUAAAUACAAAUAAAAUAAAUAAAUUAAAUAUAUCUGGCCUGGACAGAGGAAAGAGCCCAUAGACUUUGGGGCUGCACAAAAUGCAAGUAUGCAGAAUGGCCAUUUUGCGUAGCUAAUUGAGUUAUUGUGUUGCAUAUGGUAUAAAUUAGACCAACCCUGCUCAUGUUCAGCCUUGACCUUCCACUCCAUAUUACGGUCAAACCUUGGUCGUGCUCGCACUAAAACACUGUGUACAGCUCUACUAUAGCUACUAGCGAUGUAAACAGGGACGCAGAGCAGGCUGCGGUGGCUGUAGGCAGCUGAGGAACUCAACGUUUGGAGCCAAGGGGACAGGACGUUUGCUGUAAGACAGAAGUGACAGCAUACACUACAUGACCAAAAGUAUGUGUACACCUGCUUGUGGAACAUCUCAUUCCAAAAUCAUGGGAAUUUAUAUGGAGUUGGACCCACUUUGCCACUACUCUUCUGGAAAAACUUUACACUAGAUAUUGGAACAUUGCUGCAGGGAUAUGAUUCGGUCAGGCACUGAUGUUGGGUGAUUAGGCCUAGCUCGCAGUCAGCACUCCAAUUAAUCCCGAAGGUGUUUGAUGGGGUUGAGGUCAGUGCUCUGUGCAGGCCAGUCAAGUUCUUCCACACUGAUCUCAACAGACCAUUUCUGUAUGGACCUUUCUUUGUGCAUGGGGGCAUUGUCAUGUUGAAACAGGAAAACCCAAACCUUCCCCAAACUGUUGCCAGGAAGUUGGAAGCACAGAAUCAUCUAGGAUGUCAUUGCAUGCUUUAACAUUUAGAAUUCCCUUCACUGGAACUAAGGGACCUAGCCCGAACCAUGAAAAACUGCACCAGACCAUUAUUCCUCUCCACUAAACUUUACAGUUGACACUAUGCUUUCGGGCAGGUAGCAUUCUCCUGGUAUCCAACAAACCCAGAUUUAUCCGUGGGACUGCUAGUUGAUGAAGCAUGAUUCAUCACUCCAGCGUACGUGUUUCCACAGCUUGAGUCCAAUGGCGGUUAGCUUUACACCAAUCCAGCCAAUGCUUGGCAUCGCUCAUGGUGAUCUUAGGCUUGUGUGUGGCUGCUUGGCCAUGGAAACCCAUUUCAUGAAGCUCCCGAAGAACAGUUAUUGUGCUGACGUUGCUUCCAGAGGCAGUUUGAACCUCGGUAGUGAGUGGACAGGCAAUUUUUACAUGCUACGCACUUCAGCACUCGGCGGUCCCGUUCUGUGAGCUUGUGUGACCUACCACUUCGAAGCUGACCCGUUGUUGCUCCUAGACAUUUCAAUUUCACAAUAACAGCUCUUACAGUUGACCGGGGCAGCUCUAGCACGGCAGAAAUUUGACAAACUGACUUGUUGGAAAGGUGGCAUCCUAUGACGGUGCCACGUUGAAAGUCACUGAGCUCUUCAGUAAGGCCAUUCUACUGCCAAUGUUCGUCUAUGGAGAUUGCACAGCUGUGUGCUUGAUUUUAUACACCUGUCAGCAACGGGUGUGGCUGAAAUAGCCGAAUCCACUCAUUUGAAGGGUUGUCCACAUACUUUUAUAUAUAGUUUAUGUCAAAAAGGGGAGACAGCAGGGUUCUGACCUUCAGGGGAAUAAAAUAUAAGAUCAAGCUGCCCAAAUCGAGCUGCCCAACCUUGGUCACAUCCUCACUGAGAGUCAACACGAGUAGGGAAAGGGGAGGGAUAUAGGAGGGAUGCUGUAGGCAGACAUUGAUUUGGCAGGGAUGAGUCCUUGGUGUAUAAAAGGCUGUGACCCCAACCAGGUGUCUGAUAUCAUGUUGCAGCUAGGUAGAUAUUUGUUGAAAUUCAUCAUUAGUUCAUCCUCUUUGUGGACCCCAUAGUAAAGUCAUUAAACACAAAGUGAAAGAGAGCGACCCGGCUCUACUUAUUUGCUUACCUGUGAACCAUUGACACUGCCCUUGUUAGUGGGGAGUAAGGCAGCACAACAGUUAACACACACAGGGAACUUUAUUUACACACACUGGGAAAGAUGAACAUGGAGAUCCACUGGGCACACACUGGUUGAAUCAACGUUGUUUCCAUGCUUUUCAAUUAAAUAACGUUGAACCAAUGUGAAAUGGACGUUGACUCGACCUCUGUGCCCAGGGGGAUGUACAUGGGGAUGUACAUGGUGAUGGUUUUGUAAUACAGAAAUUAAGGGAAUAAUUCAUUUACACAUUGAAAAUACAUUUUACAAUCGGCAUUGUUAGAAUUUACAACUUGAAUUACUGAACAGAACAAGUAAUUAGAUGAU